AUGAAGGUGAAUCUUGAUCAAAUCGAGUUCUACCAUGGCCCAAGCGGCCAGCUGCCUUCUCCUGGUGGCAAACAGCUACCUCCUCCUCAAUUUGCACGGUCCUCCCAGCCUUCUUUUGCCACUGGGUUCGCCUUCCGGCCAGGGCUGUUUGAAGCCCCCCUAGAACGGGGACGGCCAUCGGCCGUUACUUCCCAAGUAUGGAACGCAUUUGAUAUCGAGAUCAACAAAACCUACGGCGACGUCGGGCACCAAACGGCAGAAGAUUCUGAGCCCACGGCGACAACAGCCGCGCCGGUUACUCUUGAUAUUCCGUUAGAUCUGGGGAGUUACUCCUUGGCUUUGUCAGAGUCAGCACCAAUUAAAGCCUCCACUCCCGAGACACGGCAAAACGACCUCCCGGCAAGCAAUGCCCCUGGCAAUCUAUUCGCCUAUGGCAUCUCCCAGCAAGAAUCAGCCAAGCCGGAGGUGUCUGCCACUGGCACCUGCGGCUCAGACUGUGUCGACGCUGGGUACUGCGGAAAGGAUACAGAGUCACGCUGGGCAUCUGAUCUCGGUGGAAAUCCAUGCGCUCAUGCUCCAGAGCGGGCUAAGGACGUUGCCGGCACUGCCGAAGCCACGUCACCCGCAUCUGGCCCGUCCGCUCAGUCGAACGAGUAUUCUAGUCCAAAAUCUUCUGGGGCUCCAACGGCGCCAACUUCCGAUAGCCUGGUGCGCUACCCAUCAAUAGCUGUGGUUGUACCGCCACCGUCGUGGAAGCAAGGAGCCAUCAGGACAAGCACAAGGGUCGCUGCGGCAGCCUGCAACAAGCGACUUCGCUCAGGCCGAGACGUCGGCAACCAACAAGAUCGGGAUGUGCCUUUCCCCAACACAGAGCGGCCGAGUCAGAAGAGGCAGAAACGAAGGCCUGCAAAUAAGCUUCAUCAUAGCCCCCAAGGCCCUUCAAUUCCUGCUUCGUGUCAUUGUUCUGGUGAUAUCCGCGGGCUCCGCGGGAGUGCCUUCCUCACCGUUGAGUCUAGUUCUGGCCUGAAACCAGCAUACUACUUUACCUUCGUGCCUGACACAAGCCCGAUACUGUCUCGACCGAAUAUGGCGGAUACUCCAGGGAAACAAAAACCGUACUCAUCGGACGAAAAUGCGCUGUUGGUGCGGCUGAAGGAAAGGGAGGGACUGAGUUGGUCAGAGAUUGCUAAACAAUUUCCUGAGCGAAAUAUGUCAUCGCUCCAAGUUCACUAUUCAACCAAACUACGCCGCAAGGCAAGUACUCGACCCAAAAAGGUAGUCCUAAUGUGAUCCUCACCUCAAAGGUCGUCGAAAAUCAAUUAUUCGAGGGGCACCUCAAGGAAGGGGAAUACCAAGGGACCACCAGUUGAUAACAGGCGAGCCAGGAGGGCCAGGAGGGCAUUGCUGGAUCGGUCCAUCAAACGAGGAGGAGAAGCGUCUUGGGCGUUGUUAGAGAAAGAAGGAUAGUCAGCGCGCUGCUCCGGCAUUGUAUUCCAAGAAGAGGAUGGAGCAGGCCGUUGAAUAAGAAGAGCACUGUGAUAAAGAGAUAUUAUUUAUUUGCCCGCG